AUGCCGAAGACACAAUACUUCGAGCACGAGCUCACCCUCUCCCCUCACUCCGAGCCAGCAGGCUCCAAGUUUCCAGCUCGUCUCGCAUACUGGACCUUUGGCUCAUCCUCCAACCCUGCCGUACUGCUCCCUUCCUGUUAUGGUGGCACGCUUGCCAAUACCCUCCCCUUUCUGUACGACUCCGCCGCCCACGCCAACCCAAUCUUGCCACCGGAGAAGUACUUCAUCAUAAUUACCGGCCUACUCUCCGGAAGUGAGUCUUCCUCGCCGUCUAACACCCCCGCGCCAUGGAACGGACCCAACUUCCCACACGUCACGUACGAGGACAACAUCCGUCUUCAAAAGGCGCUCUGCGACAGCCUGGGCGUAAAGGAACUCUUCCUGUACUGUGGUUUCAGCAUGGGCGGUCAACAAACGUAUCACAUGUCGGCCCUUUUUCCGGGCUUCGUAGAGCACAUGGUGUGCUUAGCCGGUUCCGCACGAACAAGCGCGCACAACUGGUCCUUCCUCGAAGGCCCGCGGUACGCACUGAUUUCGUCCAAGGACUACCACGACGGGCACUAUACUAAACCCGUUAAAGUGGGCACAACGGCAUUCUUUCGUGUCUAUUCCACCUGGGCGUUGUCGCAGGGCUGGUUCAGGCAAAGGUGCUGGGAGCAAACGGGCUAUAAAACGGUGGCUGAGUAUCACGAGGCAAACUGGUCCGGGCACGGGGACGCGAACGAUCUGCUAUGGCUGCUAUGGACGUGGCAGAAGGGCGAUAUUACGUUGUAUUAUCCAGAAGACAAUGGUGAUCUGGCGAAGACUCUGGGACGUAUCCAGGCGAAGUGUUUGAUCUUUCCGUCAAGGACGGAUCAGUACUUUCCACCGGAGGACAACGAAGAGGAAGUGAAGCAUCUCAGGAAUGGCGAGUUCAGAUGCAUUGAGACCGUUUGGGGCCAUAUUGCCGGAGGUGGCAGCGGUACGAAAGAAGAUACCGAGUACAUCAUCCAGGAAAUCAAGCGCUUCUUGCAGCUUUGA